AUGCCAAAAAUAACGUUAGUGCGUCAAAAACGCGGAGACAAUCGCCAGGUCUCGAUUGAAAACAAGAACAAUUUUAUAUUUGUUCUCUACAGCAUUCUCACAGACUACUCCUACGCGUCACUGCACUGGGACGAGAGCGGAACAGAAGUUGUGAUGGAGUCUUCUGUGGAGGUUGCCAAAAAUGUGCUGCACAAUCAUUUCAACACAAGCAAGUACCACUCGUUCACACGCCAAUUCCAUCUCUAUGGAUUCCGCCGCACCACUGACGGCCGCAAAGACAAGAAACUACGGGGGUAUUGUAAAUUUCGGCACCCCAUCUUUCAGCGCGACCACCCCGAGCUCUUGCAGUCUAUAAUUCGUGUUCAGCCAUCCAAGGCUCAUCCCGAAACCAGCCCCUCGCCGCCAAUCGAAAGUAAUAUCGCUAUAGAAUCGAGACGCUCUUCAUGGAGUAUCCAGCCGCCAUCUUUAAGCCCUGGCUCUAUUGAUGGGUUGGGAGUAGCAGCAGCAAAAGCUCUGGAGAGCAACGUGCCAGAUGCGCUUACCAAAAUUCCGCCAAAAUUAGCAAUGCCUUCGCUGAUAUUUAUACCCACCACAAAUACGUUUGACAAACUCCCGGAUACGCCGCCGUUUUCUACAACCUCAAUCUCGACUCUCAAGGACGAGUUUUCUGCGCCCAAGGCCCAAGAUAUGUUGUUGGCGCUCCAAGCCCUGGAGGAUCACCUUGACCAGCUGAGCCCCAAUGGUAAGUGA